GCUGAGUGUCAUAGCUUCCCUUUGGUCCUCUAGCUACAGAGAGACCGAGAAACAACUGAACUCCUCAUAACUCCAAAACACGCAUUUCCUUUGGCAAAGCACCAUGGAGCGGUGAGACGUGGGGCUGUCGGCUAAAAAGCUCCACACAACAUGUCAUAAAAGUGCACAGGUGUGUCUGUCAGAGGAGCCUGAGUUCCUGGAUAGAGGAGACGUCUGGACCUAAAUGGAGUCCACCCUCCUUAAAGCUCCAGGUGCCGCAGGUGUCCAGCAGCCAGCGGCGACCUCGCCUGGUGGUUUGCAGCCUCUUCCUGAGGUAGCGGAACCUGCAGACCUGUGCAAAGAAAAGGAAGACAAGAGUCAACCCGGACACCCUGCAGGAACGGGAGAUGGACUUCUGCACUCAUGCAACAGGUCUUUGUCCUCCUCGGACAGCGAGGAUGAGGGUAUCGGCAAGAAAGACAAGAAGAAGAAAAAGCUGAAGAAGAAGAGGAAAAAGAUGGAUUCCAGCUCAUCCUCCUCCUCCUCUUCUUCUUCAUCUUCUUCCUCCAGUAGCUCUUCAGACAGUGACAGUGAGGAUGACAAGAAGAAGAAGGAGAAGAAGAAGGGUGAGGAGAAGGAGUAUGGCUGGGACAGUGUUAUAUCUCAGGCUGGUCCCGAUGGCCAAAUGGAACAUCAGUGUGUAGAAGGCCUGAAGAUGAGCCAGGGUUUUAAAGUGUCAGAUGAUGAAAAUGACAAGAAGAAAGGGAAAAUGAAGAAGAAGAAGAAGGACAAGAAGAAAAAGAAAAAGAAGAAGAAGGGUUCGUCCGCUUCCUCAUCUGACAGUUCAUCCUCUGACAGUGAGGAUGAAAAGAAGAAGAAGAAAAAGAAAAAGAUGAAGAAAAAGAAGAAGAAGAAGAAGAAGAAGCAGGACUCCAGCUCCUCUUCAUCAUCCUCUUCUGACAGCGAGGAUGACAGGAAGAAAAAGAAAAAGAAGACAAAGGACAAGAAGAAGAAGAAACACAAAAAAAGGGAUGAAGAGCAGAAUGAGCCCAGCAGGGCUACUGCUCUUUCAGCAGCUGGUGCUGAGAUUUUGAUACCAGGUGCUGAUGGAGACAAAAAGAAAGACCAAGAUGACAAGGCCAAGAAAGAGCUUAAAGCAACAGAGGAAGGUGAACUGUGCAAAAACUCUGGUCUGGCUGCAGGGGGGGCACAUGCCUUUCCUCAUGGUAUUGAGGAAGGCCACCUGAGUGAUGACGAGGGAGAAGGAGAGGGGGAAAAGGAUAAGAAAAAGAAGAAGUUGAAGAAGAAGAAAAAGGAUUCUGGCUCAUCUUCAGAUAGUGAUGGUGACAAAAAAGACAAGAAGAAAAGAAAAAAGAAGAAAGAAAAGGACUCUCCCUGCAGCUCCUGUUCAUCUGAUAGCUCCUCUUCAGACAGUGAAGAUGACAAGAAGAAAAAGAAGAAGAAGGUGAAGAAGAAGAAGGAUCCCAGCUCUUCCUCCUCCUCUGAUAGCGAAGAUGACAAGAAGAAGAAGAAGAAAAAGAAGACAAAGAAGAAGAAGGAUAAGGAUUCCAGCUCUUCCUCGUCCUCUGAUAGUGAAGAUGACAAGAAGAAGAAGAAGAAAAAGAAAAAGAAGAAGAAGAAGUCCAGCUCUUCUGAUGAAAGCUCCUCUUCCUCUGACAGCGAUGGUGACAAGAAAAAGAAGAAAAAGACAGAUAAGAAAAAGGAUAAGAAGAAGAAGAAGCAGGAUUCUUCUUCUGACUCCUCCAGUGAUUCUUCUAGCGAUGACGAUAAGAAGAAGAAAAAGAUGAGGAAAAAAGAUAAGAAAAAGAAGAAAAAGAAAGACAAGAAAAAGCACUCAGAUUCUUCUAGCAGUGAAGAUGACAAGAAGAAGAAAAAGAAGAAGAAGAAAGACAAGAAAAAGAAGAAAGACAAGAAGAAGAAAAAGAUGAAGGGGAAAAAGAAGGACUCGAGCUCUAGUUCAUCGAGUUCAUCUGACAGUGACAGUGACAAGGAAAAUAAGAAGGACAAGAAGAAGGAAAAGAGUCCAGGCUCAUCAGGAAGUGAAAAUGGAAUGGAGAAAAAGAUCGAAAGCCCAGAUGGUGAGAAAAGCGGUGAGCCAAAAAUGGAAGUUUCAGGGUCAGGUGGUGGCGGACGAUUCACCCCCAGUGGCAGCAGCUCUAAGCUAGAUGGCCCUCCUGUCACCUCAUAUGCGUCACUCCCGUCCAAACCCGUUGUGAAGCUGGAUCCGCUGACUCCUUCAACUUUCUCCAAGCCCUCUGCCUUUGGCUCACCACUGAGUGUGGGUGAUAGGCCCCUCAUUCGCAGACCUCCCAGCCCCAUGGAGUCCCUGAUGGUGAGCUCAAGGAGUUAUGGAGAUGGAGGGACCCGUUCUACUUCCCACUUCACCUCUACUGACCUACUGAGAGGCUCCAAGCCUUACCAAUAAUAAGGUGUCAUAGAUCAAAAUAGAUGUUACUGAUUUAAAAAAAAGCAUGGCUUUCAUGGCAUUGCUGGAAGUUGAAUGUGACCUGAGAUCUGCUCUAAUGAUGAUCUCAGUGCAUAAAAUAUGUUUUUGGCGUAUUUUCAGGUGGAAUAUAGGUAACAGGGUAAAGAUUAAUUGUGACAUGAUGAAAAAGUUGAGGAAGAUUAGAUAAAACCAUAAUAAAACAAUAAUGAUUUUAUAAUUUUUUGUAAUUAGUAAGAAAAAGCUCAUUUGUGGAUGGAAAUUUACAAUCACGUGAAAUAAUGAAUAUAAUGCUUGCUUUGUGGAAUAAAACAACAUGAUUUUG